UUUUUUUUUUUUUACUGUUUCUUCUUCUUCUUCCUUGUUUUGACCUGUUAAAUGAUGACUUAUCAGAUAGACACGAACUCUCGUUGGCAUCAUUGUAAUACCGAGCCUAAUUGUAAUGCCGAAAAGUCAUUUAUCAAACCUUCAAGCUCCAUCUCCAAUUUAUCUCGACUCUUUAUUGCCACAGCCAGCUAUUACAAUCUGACAAAACAGCAAGCACUGGAUGCGAUUGGAUAUCUUCUUUAUGAAUACGAUGACACCAUUCAUGUACAAUUAUUAGAUUGUUUCAUACAACACAAGUUUCUUAAAAGAGACACAACCAGUUUUACAAUACACGAUCAUGAAAAGAUAACUGGAAUUUUCACACCACUCACAAAGUGCUACUCUCCCUCGUGUCAAAUAAACCAAACAUGUUAUUCGCCUCUUUGUCCAAACAAGCGUAUUUCCGGCCUCCUGCAUCUCACCAACGCCCAUGAACAGGAUACCACAAAAGAUUGGAUCGAAAGUAUACCACAUCAUAUUCGCCUAUGUACAGAUCGAAAAGAGCUGAAACGACAGGCUGGUAUAGCCGAACUUUUAAUGACGGAAAGUCAUUACCGACAAGAUCUCCAGUUACUUCACUCCAUCUAUGCCGUGCCGUUAUUAGAAUCAGACACAAUACCUAUUUCUAAACGUCAACGCUUUUAUAAUAAUGUGUUUGGAAAUUAUCUGGAUAUCCUUCAUCUUCACAACUCUUUUUCACAUCAGUUUCGACAUUCGGGGUAUUUUAUUGUGGGUCGUGUUGGCACCAUCAUUCUCCAACAUGUCACGCUCUUGAUUGAACCGUAUAUUUUAUACGCUUCCAAUCACAUCAAGGCUAUCUAUUGCAUGUCCCUUGAACAAAAGUAUAACCCGUUGUUUGCUAAAUUCGUUGUCACACAAAAUGCUCUCAAAUCCACGCGACGGUUAGGACUUCGACAUUAUCUGUCCUCUCCUACACUAUGGAUGGGUAAAUUCAAGUUAAUGAUACAAGCCAUCUUGAAGAACACUGUGGAUGAUGCCGAUCAACUAUCCCUCAAGGCCUCCCUGGCUAUUUUGCAUGAUACACUGUGUCGCAUGAAUACUUGUGCUAAUCUAUCACCGGAAGAAUUCAGGUUUGAAGAAUUAUCAACCUCCAUUUAUUGUACCACACUGGGACAACACGAGUCCUCCUUGUACGAAAUACCCGACGGAAGCAGUCUAAUACGAGAAGAAGCUUUAUGGCUCGCAAGAUCUUCUCAUCCAUUACUGCCUUCACUCUGCCACGUCUUUUUGUUCUCGCAUGCUUUGGUCUUGACCCAUCCUCGGGUGAUCAGUGGCCGUACAGAGUAUCACGUGGUAACGUCCAUCCCGCUACAGUUGCUGUCGCUCGAUCAUCAAACAUUAAACGCAUCCAUGAUACGACGACUUUCAUUUGCCUCAACAUCCAUGGUUUCCACACCCUUGCAUUUAUUCCAGAGUUUACGACGACAAAAGAGCACAGUGUCCGAACCCGAAGACAAGAGUCGAAGUCGGAUAAAAAGGAUGAUGAAAUCGGUUUCGUUGACAAGACGCGAUUCUGCUCCAGCAGCCUUUAUGUACAAUCAUCGAGCUACCACACAACGGACGGUACGCAUUAGUCAUAUGGCUUUUCCGGAAAAUGUGUACAAGCUAGAGUUCUUGUCAAGGUCGGAUCGUUUAAUUUGGAAAAAUGUGAUUGGACAAGUCAUUUGUGAUUCGACCAGUAGUCGUGUGUUUGAUAUCCAACGAUGUCCUACAUUGGCACAGAUGGGCAAAAUAAAAUGUGCUCAUACAUUUGUUCAUUUAGGGAAAAGUAUGGUGGUGUUUGGUACGCAGAGUGGUGUCUGGAUGGGACAAGAGGAAGGACCCUUUGAUCUGGUGUUACCCAAUGUAGAUGUGUAUCAGUUAUGUACAUUGCGUAAUAAACUGCUCGUACUCAACCGUCAAAAACGAAAUUUGAUCGCCUACCGUUUAAACGCGUGGCAAGACUGGUGUGUCGUGAAACGAACCUCCGUCACAUGUUUUACAGUUGGACGCAUUCGAAACCAGGAUGUCAUUGUAUACUUGACUAAACGACUGCAUACAACUUGGCUUGUGAUCAUUGUCCCUUCAUCAAGGCUAGGCAAACAUUGGUUCAAAAAAUAUAUUACGGAGCAUAAAGUAUCUAUCAAGGAUCCAACCACACUGCAGGUGACUGGAGAUUCCGUGUUCGUAAGAUCGCAUCGGUUUGGUAUUGAACGUAUUGAGAUUGAUAUGCCGGAAACACAAAUCGUCUUUCGUGGAGUCAAUGUGGGUAUGGUGGCACUUUUGAAGACAGGUAUCGUGUGUGAUUCGCAAUAUGCGUAUGCCGUGUCCUUGUGGGAGAAGCGUGAGGUGGAUCGUUUAGUGAGGAUCAAAUUUGAGUCGCCCAUUCAUCACGUCGCGGUAAUGUACCCGUAUCUCAUCGCAUUUUCAUCUUCUGUAAUCGAAGUACGACAUAUGGAAACGUCGGAACUAGUACAAGCACUUCGAGGAAAUCAAAUUCAAUUCGUGUCUAUGGAGAAUCAUGAAUCACGAUUAUUUUUUACCAUGUUGGAUGGAGAUCGUAUUCAUACAUCCAUUUAUCAAUUAAAUUUUUUUUUAAUAAAUGUGUAUAGUAAAAAUGCAAUUAUGAACAAAGUGGUGUGAGUGAGUGAGUGAGUGAGUGAGUGAGGAG